AAUUCAGUAUUGUUUUGUUUUACAUGUCGAGUCCGAAUCUGGAACCUAAUCGAUGGACGAUAAACAAUAGCACCUAGCGCCGCCCGCUAUCACUCGGCGCCUCUACUGCAUCGUCGAUGCCUUGGAACCCCCGCAUCCCUUUCUGCUAUUCCUUGUCGGUGUCCAGCAUCCUGUCUAUUCUGUUUCUCCUCCCCAGACUCUAUCUAUCUCUACAGCGCAGCUCUGCUUUUUUGCUUUGUUUCGCCGAUCGCAAUGGAUGCGGAUGUGCUCGACGAUAUCAUUAGCCGGUUGCUGGAGGUGCGGAAAGCGAAACCGGGGACGCUAGUCCAGCUUGCGGAAUCGGAGAUCCACCUGCUCUGCGUCGUCGCCCGGGGCAUCUUCCUCGCUCAGCCUAACCUUCUGGAGCUUGAAGCUCCCGUAAAGAUCUGCGGUGAUAUUCAUGGUCAGUACAGUGAUCUCUUGAGGCUCUUUGAGUAUGGUGGUUUUCCUCCCGCUGCAAAUUAUCUAUUCUUGGGCGACUAUGUUGAUCGAGGAAAGCAAAGCUUAGAAACAAUUUGCCUUCUUCUUGCAUAUAAAAUCAAGUAUCCAGAAAACUUUUUCCUUUUGCGUGGGAAUCAUGAAAGCUCUUCGAUAAAUAGAAUAUAUGGAUUUUAUGACGAAUGCAAACGCCGAUUCAGUGUGAGACUUUGGAGGACAUUCGGUGAUUGUUUCAACUGCCUUCCGGUAGCUGCUCUUGUAGAUGAUAAGAUUUUAUGCAUGCACGGUGGCCUUUCUCCGGAACUUUCUCGGUUGGAGCAGAUUAAAUCUUUACCUCGACCAACUGAUGUCCCUGAAGGUGGUUUAUUAUGUGACUUACUUUGGGCUGACCCUGGAAGAGAUGCUCAAGGUUGGGGAGAGAAUGAUAGAGGUGUCUCUUGGACCUUUGGGGCUGAUACACUUACAGAAUUCCUGUCUAGACUUGAUUUAGAUCUUAUAUGUAGAGCACAUCAGGUUGUGGAGGACGGCUAUGAAUUCUUUGCUGACAAGCAGCUUGUAACGAUAUUUUCAGCCCCCAAUUAUUGUGGAGAAUUUGAUAACGCUGGUGCCAUGAUGAUUGUUGAUGAAACAUUGACUUGUUCUUUCCAAAUUUUCAAACCUGCUGAGAGGGAACCGAAUACUAUGCUGCCAAGAAUUUGAUAUUAAGAUAAAAAUACAAAUGAGGCCAUUGCUAGCUUAAUCGCACUUUAUUGGCGUUUCUUUUGUUAAUUAAUGUUUAGCAAUUAUGACGAGUAAAUUUGUUCUCGUUUGCGUAUGAUUAUAGUUUUGUGCCUAGCUGAUUGGGGUAUGCCUUUCAACUUCUACCAUUUGUUCUUUGUUCGUC